AUGAACUGCACUCUUAAUGCCACCAUAACUCCCCAGCUGGGUUUUGGACUGAGCCCAGGGGCAGGAGCUGUGGGGUCCCAGGGGAGUGGGAGUGGGAGUGGUGGUGGAGGUAGUGGAGGCUUGUGGGUGACAUCCCUGCUUGGCACCACGCUGAUUAUCAUGUGUGCUGUGGGUGUGUCAGGCAACACAUACACACUUAUUGUUACACGCUCAGCCGCUUUGCGGCGGACAGGUUCUAUGUACGUUUACAUCAUUAACUUAGCUCUGGCUGACCUGCUCUACCUCUCCACCAUCCCCUUUGUGGUCUGUACCUACUUCGCCCAUGACUGGCUGUUUGGUGAGGCUGGCUGCCGCAUCCUGUUGAGUCUCGAUCUCCUCACCAUGCACGCCAGUGUCUUCAUUUUGGGUGUUAUGAGCCUGGAACGCUACCGGGCUGUGGCGAAACCCUUCAGUGCACACAGAUCUUCAUCCCGCAAUCGGCGGCUAGUGGCAGGAAUUAUUUGGGGAUUAUCUUUUCUGCUAACUCUUCCCAUGAUGGUGAUGAUCCGACUCAGGGAGGGCAAACCCACUGUGGCUGGUUUGGUCAAGAGAAUCUGCUAUCCAACCUGGACCCCUGAGGCCUUCAAGGCUUAUAUAAUUGUCUUGUUUUUCACAAGUGUUUUAGUCCCUGGAUUGGUAAUCGUUGGACUGUAUGCAGGGCUAGCCAGGCGCUACUGGACAGUGCAGGCUAGCUUAGGGGGUAACAGCCACCGAAGGACAGGACUCAAACAAAAAGUCAUAUCGAUGAUCUUUUGCAUUGUAGUAGCUUAUUGGGCUUGUUUCUUACCUUUUUGGGGAUGGCAGUUAGCCAAACUGUUCUCUCCAGAAUCGCUCAAAGCUUUGUCUCCAGCAGCUCAUAAUUAUGUAAAUUUCUUUGUCACAUGUCUGACAUAUGGAAACAGCUGUAUAAAUCCAUUUCUCUACACUCUCCUGACUCGGAACUACAAAGAUUAUUUAGCGCAGAAAGGACAGUCAUCAGGGUCCAGCAGGGCUGACCCUGGGUCAGCUGUGACAACCCCACUGCAAGACUUAUAG